AAUAGUUCCGCUUUUUAAAAAAGAAAACCCAGUCUCCCUGCUUUCCUUAACCCUCUCGCUACAUAACCAUGGUUAAAUUUAAUUAGGUUUUUUAAUAUUAAUAUACUUUGCGAAUUAAAUAAUACGACACUUACCUUUCUUAUGGAAACGCAGAUUGUUGCAGCAGAAAUGUUCCGCCGGAGGGAUUAAGAGGUUACACCGGUAAUGGAUAAUGCUGCGGUGUCUGAUUCUCUCUAUAUUUUACGUCUGUUUUUAAUUUGUUCUCAAACGCUCAGAAUCCAAUGGACCUCCAGGGAAAAAAGGUUAACACGUGUAAAUUUGCGAUAGCAUUCAUGUGACCUGUGGAAACAGGCAUCUCAGUCACCACAUUAGGGAUUUAGUUUGGAGUGGAAACAUGUUCACCGCUACACAAAUUUCUAAAUCCCAGUUCCUGGAUAAGGCCAGGCUGGCACGGGAGGAAAGGAAAGACCAUAAAGAGAAAGAGAGAGCGGCCACCCAAAUCCAGGCUCUGAUCAGAAGAUUCCUCUGUCGUUGUAGGCUGCAAAGAGAAAUCAGGAAAGAGGUUGAUGACUUCUUUGCAGUGAGUGAUGCAGGUUCAACAAAAAGGAAUGCACUAUCCAUCUUCAAAAUUGCAAGGAAGUUGUUAUUUAUAUUUUGCAAGGAUGAUAAGUUGAGGUUUGAGAAGCUGUGUAGAAUCAUAAUAAGUAGCAUGGAAUUUGAGAAUGAACCUAAAGUAUGGUAUGUUUCCCUUGCCCUUUCAAAAGACCUCACCAUCCCCUGGCUCAAACAGAUCAAAGAUGUGCUCUGUGUCUCCUGUGAAUUUCUGAAAAAACUUAAGCCUGACAUACUACAAGAUAAUAAAUUGGUGACUCUGUACCUGACAAUGCUGAUAACCUUCACAGACACAUCGACAUGGAAAAUCAUCCGAGGCAAAGGAGAGGCCCUCAAGCCUGCAUUAAACAGAAUAUGUGAGAACAUCAUGGGACAUCUCAAUCAGAAGGGCUUCUACUCUGUACUUCAGAUUCUGCUUACCAAUGGACUGGCAAGAUCCAGACCCUCCCUUUCCAAAGGAACCCUCACAGCCAUUUUUACUCUGUCACUCAGGCCUGUUAUUGCUGCACAUUUCUCAGACAACCUGCUGAGGUCUUUCCUUCUCCACAUCAUGUCUGUUCCAGCAUUUAUCUCCCACCUUAACACACUCACUCCAGAUUGUAUGGUCACUAUCCAGACUCAUGACCUCUUUCGCAAGUUUGUCUUAUUUCUGAGCCGAGAGGAGCAGUGUUUGGAUAUUUGUGUCUGCCUAGAGGGAAGCCACACUCUCUGUUUAUUGGGUAACCUUAUUCAGCUGGGAUACUUUAAUGUAAAAGUUCUAGAGCUGGAAGCCAGUCACUUUGUCAAGGAUCUGACAGAUAUGUUGUCAUACUGUCAGAGAUAUGUUUCUCAGAAGAAAUCCAACCUCACACACUGGCACCCAGUGUUGGGCUGGUUCUCACAGACUGUUGAUUAUGGGCUUAAUGAGUCUAUGCCGUUGGUAACGAAGCAGUUACAGUGUCUGUGGGGAGUACCUGUGAUCUGCACUCUCUUCUGUGAUGUUCUCUGCAAAAAGCUUGAGACUCAAGAACCCAUCCCAAUGCCCCCUCCUCAGCCAUCUACACUACAGAAUAACCUGCCUGUCAAAAAUCUCUUCAAGCGGGCAUUCCAGAAGUCUGCUUCUGUGCGGAACAUCCUGAAACCGAUCGGGGGGAAGCGGGUUGACUCGGCUGAGGUCCAGAAGGUGUGCAGUAUUUGUGUGCUGUAUCAGACGGCCCUCACCACACUCACACAGAUCCGCCUCCAGAUCCUCACAGGACUGACGUAUCUUGAUGAGCUGUUGCCUAAGCUAUGGGCGUUUAUCUGUGAGCUUGGCCCUCAGGGUGGGCUCAGACUCUUCCUGGAGUGUCUCAAUAAUGACACUGAGGAGUCCAAACAGCUCUUGGCCAUGCUCAUGCUCUUCUGUGACUGCUCCAGACAUCUCAUCACGAUUCUUGAUGACAUUGAGGUCUAUGAGGAACAGAUUUCUUUUAAAAUGGAAGAGCUUGUCACCAUCUCCUCGUUUCUCAACACAUUUGUAUACAAAAUGGUCUGGGAUGGUAUUUUAGAGAAUGCCAAAGGGGAGAAGUUGGAUCUGUUCCACAGUGUUCACGGCUGGCUGAUGGUUCUGUAUGAGCGGGAUUGUCGUAGGAGAUUCACUCCUGACGAUCUCUGGCUCCGCAAAGACCUGAAGCCCAGUCUGUUGUUCCAAGAGCUGGAGAAAGGCAAAAGGAGAGCACAGCUGCUACUUCAGUACAUUCCUCAUGUCAUCCCACACAAAAACAGGGUACUGCUGUUCCGGAACAUUGUUACAAAAGAGAAAGAGACUUUAGGAUUGGUGGAGACAAGUUCCGCCUCUCCCCAUGUAACUCACAUAACCAUUCGUCGAUCACGGAUGUUGGAGGAUGGUUAUGAUCAACUGCGACGUCUGCCUGUAAACUCCAUUAAGGGAGUGAUCCGAGUGAAGUUUGUGAAUGAUUUAGGGGUGGAUGAGGCUGGAAUUGACCAGGAUGGUGUAUUUAAAGAGUUCUUAGAGGAGAUUAUCAAGAAGGUUUUCAACCCAGCACUGAACCUCUUUAAGACCACCAGUGGGAAUGAGAGAUUAUACCCUUCCCCAACCUCAAGCAUCCAUGAGAAUCACCUGCAGCUCUAUGAGUUUGUUGGAAAGAUGCUAGGAAAAGCGAUGUAUGAAGGCAUCGUAGUGGAUGUGCCGUUCGCCUCCUUUUUCCUCAGUCAGGUCCUGGGUCAUCAUCACAGCACCUUUUACAGCUCUAUAGACGAGCUGCCCUCUCUUGACUCUGAGUUCUACAAGAACCUCACCUCCAUCAAGCGUUACGAUGGGGAUGUUAGUGACCUCGGUCUGACAUUAUCAUAUGAUGAGGAGGUGAUGGGGCAGUUAGUCUGUCAUGAGCUUACUCCUGGAGGAAAGACCAUGUCUGUCACUAAUGAAAACAAGAUCAGCUACAUCCACUUGAUGGCUCACUUCCGCAUGCACACCCAGAUCAAGGAGCAGACCGCCGCCUUCAUUAGGGGUUUCCGCAGCAUCAUUAACCCAGAGUGGCUGCACAUGUUUUCCACCCCUGAGGUCCAGAGACUCAUCUCUGGAGACAAUGCUGAGAUAGACCUUGACGAUCUCAAGAAGCACACUGUAUACUACGGAGGUUUCCACAGUAGCCACAGAGUCAUCCUUUGGCUGUGGGACAUCCUCUCCAGUGACUUCACCCCUGAGGAGAGAGCCAUGUUCCUGAAGUUUGUCACCAGCUGUUCAAGACCUCCUCUGCUCGGUUUCGCCUACCUCAAACCCCCUUUCUCCAUCCGCUGUGUGGAAGUGUCAGAUGAUCAGGAUACGGGCGACACUUUAGGCAGUGUUCUGCGUGGCUUUUUCACCAUUCGCAAGAAGGAGCCAGGUGGUCGUCUCCCAACGUCCUCUACUUGCUUCAACCUACUCAAGCUGCCCAACUACAGCAAGAAGAGCAUCCUAAGAGACAAACUCCGCUACGCAAUCAGCAUGAAUACAGGCUUUGAGCUUUCGUAACUGAUAAUAUACCCUUGUGUUGUGGUUCAUACCAUAUAUACACACAGAAAAUGUUACAUACAGGAGUGGUGGCAGCGUAACGGUUAAAGUUCUGAAAUGGCCGCACAAAUAUUGAAGAUUCGGUCCCAUGUUGGAGACACAACAACUGAAGUUACAGUGAUUAAAUUCUUGCUCCAUAGGAAUUGAGACCUUCAAUAAGGGCACUUAAGAACUGUUCUAUCAAAAAAGUAUACUCUGUCUUGGCAAGCAAAUGAUGUAAUCAACUUACUAAUAUACUGGAAAUGCGCUGAACGUACUCUGUCACACACUUAGAGACUGACACUUUGAGGAUUUCUACCACAGAAGUAUAUUCAAGUGUACUGACGUUUACUUACAAAGAACAUAUAUGCAUACAGUCACAUCUUAGUCUCUGAUUUUUACGUUUUGAACCAUUUGAAGAUCCCUGUAUUUAGUGUCAUAAUAAAAUACGUUCUUCUCAGUAUUUAAAGCCAAAAGAGGUCCAAACGCCUUAUACAAUCAGUUUUAAACCAGCUCAAUGUAAUGUUGUCAAGUCAGGCUCCUGACACCUUUAUCAAAGAAACCUCUCUCAUGGAGACUGAAAAAACCCAACUCCAUGUGUGAAUCCAAAAUGGCUUCAAAACGGAUGUUUAUUGGUGUCCACUCGUUCAAGAAAACUUUGAAACCUCAGUGGACUCAGCUGUGGAUGUACAGUGUAAGAUCUGCAGAAACAUUAAAUUGUCUCUCAGGUCUGCAUGUCUCACUCCCCUGGGAAGGGAACAAGAAAGCAAUACUAAUGCAAUGCAAGCCAUGCAACUCAAGACACAAAGGUAGGCUAUGCCUACUCAGCAAAUGCAUUUAAACCCAUAGUGUAUAUUGCUGAACUAGUAAUGGACUUGAGACUUGAGGAUAGAAUGUUCCCAGCACUGUUCAUCAUCUUCUUUGAACUUUCUCUUUCUCAUUGAAUACACUACAUCUUCUCGCAACAGACCUCGUCAUCAGACUGUUACGUGCUAAUGCAUGCAGCCAGUGCCGCCCAGUGGUUUGGUGACAUUUGCUGCUCAUCAAAAGUCAUUAUUUUUCAGUAUUCUGUACAAGAACAAAAGCAGAACAAUUUUAAUUUCAUCCCCAAAUGCUGACUUCAUAAAAUACUAAUAUAGGUGCUCAAAGCAUUUAUCUAUUCCUUAAGUUAAUUGCCAUGUCUUGGUCUUAGUCUUUUUAUUAUUUAAGAAAAGAAGGGUAAAAUAGUGGCGGGACACAGACUAAACCACUGAAACGGUUUUAAUCCAGCUUUAAGGUAAUUACAAAGUUAAGUUCAUUAUCAUCUGCUCUUUCUGUCAUCUCCCAGUAACUCUCUGCCCAUCUUUUAGGUGUGUACUACUGGAAUUAAGCCAUACAGUGAAGAUGACUAACUUUCAAACCACCUCUUGUGGGAACUUUUUCUAAUAGAGUGAGUGUUGGAAUGACUACCUUGGAAGUUCUGUUUCAGUGGGCUCAAUGGAGUCUCAUGAAAUGUUAUUCCAUGUGGACAAAAAAUUAGGAUAUCUCCCUUGCAUGAUGUCACUGGAUGAUUCAAACAUGUGGUCCUGUUAUUGAUUUAGUAUUACAGAAUAAGAAUGCAACUUAUGCGCAUCUUUCUCAUUCUUUUGCUCCAUGUGUAUAUCUCAGCACACAUAUGUCUUUUUUUUUCUUUCUUUUUUUCUUAUUAUUUGUGUGUGUGUCAAAGAGAUCUACCAGGUUGAAUCUCACAAAACCUGUCCAAAACCUAUCUGAGACAUUUUUCACCUCAUUCAGAAUAAAGAAAAUUAAGCCUAUUUUAGAAAAUAUUUUUUGUAUUGUGAUAUUAUUUCCAUGACAAUUAAGCACAUUUCCCCGGCAAAUACUCAAUUACUGUAAUGAAGGGCAAAAAUGCCAUUCUCAUUACUGUAAUGCCUAAAAAAAAUAUAUAUAGUAUUUAAAUGGUAAAGUAAAACUUAAAUUGUUAAUCAUGGUAGUAUUUGUAUUUUUAAGUUUAUAAAAAAAAAAAAAAAAAAGAAUUGUGUUGAUUUUUUUUUUUUUUUUUUUUUUUUUUUUUUUCACAUUACACUAAUGAGAAUACUAUUUUUUAACCCAGGUCUCUUAAAGGCUAAGUAAACUGCAGUAGUUAUUUCAAAAUGUUUAUUGUAUGCAAACCCUCUCCCUUUUGUAUGUGGUAUAUGCAAUAUUAUACAAUGCUCCCACAAACAUUAUCUGUCUGUAUUUCCCCAGUUGUCUCCACAUUUGUUUUCAUAAAUUAAGGCAUUAGAAUACUCUAUAAUGCAUAGAGACCUUUAUAGAUCUGUAUGGAAAAACUGUGGCUUUAAUCUCAUGUAACAUUUUUUGUUAUGCAUUGCUCAAAAUAUUAAGUUAUUAAUUUAAUUUGUCCCUCCAUAUUGCACAAGGGCUUAUAGACUGUAUCCUAUAGCUAAGUUUUGUAUGUAAAUAAACUGAAAUGAACAUUAUAUUUCCCUUUGAAAGGUGCAUAAAGGGAUAGUUCACCCAAAAAUGAAAAUUCUCUCACCAUUUACACACCUUCAUGCCAUCCCAGAUGUGUAUGACUAUCUUUCUUUUGCUGAACACAAAGGUUUUUAGAAAAUAU